AUGCCACAAGCUGAUGCCCUACCAACUGAGCCACACCCACUCGGAUUAUUCAGGGAGCCUUUGCUGGCUGUACUAUGUUGUUCCCCUGAUAAAACAGUUGCAGAAGCAAUUUCAUUAUUGAAAAAUCUUUUGGUAUUCCUGUGGUUGAUCAAUGCAAGGCGGCUCAGAGUUGCCGCUGUAGUUGGUACUGGUAAAAAGGAUGGUAUAGAAAGAUGUGAAACUAUGGUCAGAGAAGAGAUUGACGUAAUUAAUGUGAAUACUGCUAACGGAGACAUUGCAAAAGCUAUUGCAGCUGGUGCUGAUUCUGUGAUGAUCGAUUCAAUUUUUACUGGUAGUGCUGAAAGUCCAGGUGAGAUUAUGAUGUAUAAGGGUUGA